CCCGCUUUUGAAAUACGGAAUCAAAAUCCCAUUUCCACCGAUUCCUUCAUCCAAAACCACGCUCAAAGACAAAAGGGAAAAAAGAGUAAGAAAAGGUUGGAGAAAAUGAAUCCCAUAGCUUCUGGAGUGGACAAAAUAAAAGGGUUCGUUCACGACUUAGUUAAAGGCCGUGAUUACUCAUCUCGCCGCAAUCCGAUUGAAAUCUUGAAGCGGUUGCAGCGAGAAUCAUUUUCAGACCUCAUGAAACUCCGAGAGCGACAAGACAAAGUCGAACGUUUACUUUCCUUCUACAAAACAUCCAAAGAGAAUCCAUUCGAAGGAUCGAAUACCCUUUUGAGAGGGGAAGUUGAUUUUCUCGCAGCUUUAUUGUUAAUGUCCAAGGUCGACGACGAACAUUGGGACGGGGUUGAUCAGGCAGGAAUCAGAACUAUGGUUGAUUCCAGGUUUAGAUUUGCAACCACUGUUGGGGGCAAAGAUACCUUUGGGGUUGAAUUCAUGGCUAAUCAGAAAAGGAUUGAAAAUAGUAAUGGCGAUGUCUAUGGAACCCCACUCACGCUAUCUAAGUUGUUCUAUAAAGGAAGUGCUGGUGAUUGGUUUUCUGCUAUCGCAAUUCCAUUUGGAGCUCAGUUUAGAGAUUUGAAUGUUACCUCGGCCUCUUCCCUUCAGGAGGAAAAGGGCCUCACUGAUUUAUCAUUUCGACCACCUAUGUUGCAUCAGCAUAAUGGAGGUGCAAUUGGGGUGACAGUGAGAAGAUCGAAUAUCAUUGCUUCGCUGGCUCAAUCCUUCCGAGGAAUGGGAAAUGAACAUUGCUUCAGUACGUUUGGACAAGUUGUUUGUCAACUUCCAAUAAGAUUGAAACUCUCAUUUUUAGGCCUUUGCCGAGGGCCUAAAUUGGCUAGUCGUAAUUUCCGCCUUGGAGCCCUUGCGCUUCCGGUUGGAUUGUCUAGAUAUCUUGAAGAUGUUGAUACAGUAAAUGAGGAAGCUUUUAUGCCUUCAGACACAAACGCCCCAGAAUCUGGAUCUGUUGCCAUAAUGCUGGAGUCUGAACUUGAUGAAUACCAAAGACUUGGAGGUUGGAUUGAGAUGAAACAAACAAAUCCGAAAAUUUUACAAUGGGCUGUUAAUUUGUCUGAUACUUCUGAAGAUGUAUUUGGUUGGGGUGUGAGUGUUGGGGGGGUUGUUGAAGGUCCUAGAAAUUGGGACCACUUUCAGGUUGAAUCCUACGUGAAACUUAACCUGGGUAAGAGAUGUAGCUUGAAGCCCGGUAUUGCUUAUGUAGUAGAUGGAAAUUCCAGAACCCUGGCCCUUGCACUUCGAUCUAAUUGUUCCUUCUGAUUACCACUUUCUCUGAAAGGAUGUCUAUUUAAUCUCACUUGCAAAAGGAUAAUCCCAUGACCUUUUCAAGUUUAUGUAUUACGAUUAUGAGACAUCUAAGAAAAUGGCCAGAGAAGAAGAAUGAGACAAUUGAGAAAGUUGCUAUUGUGACCAUUCAGGCAUUUAUGAUCUUGCACCUGAUUUAUAUCAAUAUGUUGAAUUCCUUAGCGACAAACAUGUUGUUCAUUUGAUCAGCCAUUUUCAUUUCUUACCUGUUCAUUGGCCCUUUCCAUGUUCCUUCAUACUUGGAUCAGGUUUAUCUAAUUUCACUAGGUUCAAUCAGUUAUUUUUUCCAGAAGUUAAUUUGCUAAUUUGCCUCACUUGUUACUAUUUGGUGGAAGAAGAUACACAGGUUUAUGUUUAGAAUUUUACCUUUAUUGACAAUACUCCGAAGGAAUCAAUCCGCCUCAAAAGUCUUAAUAAUGUGCUUAGGAGCUACUUUAAGGUAAUGCAGCUUUCUCUAGCAUUAAUUUGUUGGAGAUAAUUAUUACAUGCGAUCUGACAUACAUUAUCGGGAAAGCGAAAAGCCCUGGUUGAAAAUUACCAACUAUAAUUAUGGAGCUAUAUUUCCAGACUAAGUUUUCACUUUACCAUGUUACUUCAGAUAUCAGUAACGGUAUUGGUCCCACUGAAUUUGAAAUGUUAAUUACUUGAUUUCCAUUUUCUGUAUUAGCUUUAAUACCUUGAUAAUGAUUUGAUUACCUUGCUUGUGUUUAUUAACUGAUAAUUCUUCCAAGCACUGUCAUGCUCUUAAUCAUCUAUGUUAUACAUGUUGCAACGUGUUUUUGACAUUUUGUACCUUUUUAGGGUCUAUUUUAACAGCUGAUGCUUAACACCUAACAAAAUAUAAAAAAGUUGCAUGUCUUCAGAACCAAACUAGCUGGGCCUGUUAUAGUUAUUUAUUCUGUAGAAGAGCUGCUGGCACUGAGCCUUGUUGAUUGACUGUGCCCCAAUUAUAUUCCCAAUCUUAACGACCCGCAAGCUAAGGGGUUCUGCUGGAACUGCUUCGACUGGUAUUAUCCUUUGGUUGGAACAGCUUCUAUGGUUUACAUUGUAGUUUUAUCUUCAAGACUAGGCCUGAUGAAACAUGGUCCUCAGAUUGCCAGCAGGAUUUAUGAUUUUUCAUAAUUUAAUGUUCUCAGUGCUGAUUUUCCAGCUUUCCCCUAGUCACAGUGGCGCCAUAGAAAAUCAAUUGCCUAACCUUGUUGCCAUAUAGGAUUCUGAUGGGUGAGACAGCCCUAAAGGUUAAAAGAUCAAUGCAGCAAUGGAGAAACCAAGGUAUAAAUAUACUCUUGAUUGAUGAACUUGUAAUAAUAAUAAUAAUAAUAAUAAUAAUAAUGUCAUUUGUGAUACUUGUACAAUUGUUCAGUAUAGGCUUCGAAAAAGGUUUUUUAGUUCUCCUGUAUAUGUUUUUGUGCCUUUUUUGUCCUUUAGUUUUAGCUUAGAUUUCAUUGUUGUGCAUUUAUAUAAAGUAACCAACCUUUAUAUGGUUUCAGACAAAUCUGAACUUUUAUGCCUUUACUGAUUCAAUUUGUUAGUAUGAUACCACAUACGCCGUAUCACUAUAAUAUCAUAUUGACUGUUUAUACCUUGAUUUGAACCUUUUGAGUCCAAUCACAACAUCUAAAUGUUUUCGUGACAAAAUAUGGCACAAUUAAGUCAGUUUCUUUCAUUGUGUGGCAUGAUGAGAAUGGAUGGUAUGUGAUCCUAUGAUUGACAUGGUGAGAGGAAAUGAUGAUGCAAAAACUAUGAUCAAUUUGGCAGCUGCCGUAUAUGAUUCAAAUUGUUUGAUGGUUCUCCUGGAUGGGAAGUAGUGUAAAGAGUAGGAGCAAGUUGGACCAAUGUGUAAAAAGGAGGUGCUAUUGUCACGGGGCUAGACCUUUCGUCUUGCAAUCCGUACGGCCUUAGGCGAUCCGUUCGUCCCAAACUCGCCUAAGUCAGCCUUUACGCCCAAAAGUGAGGAUUCUUUUAAGAAUUCCUCUAAUGCACCAAUUUGUAUAGCAAAAGCGGUUGUGCCAAAAGAAGCUACAAGUGAACAACAGAAAGCCAAAGAAAGAAUGCACACAAAGUGUUAGAGUAAAUGCUCAAAGAAUUCUAUUACUCUUAAGAAUUCAGCUUACAAUGGAUGAGUACAAAUGAGGGGAGGCUCUCUAUUUAUAGUUGAGCUCCCCCAAAACCAACGGUUAAGAUACAUUUACAUCGACGGACGAGAUUCACCAUACCUCUUGAUUUUAGGGAUUUACAAGAUUUGUCAUAUUAAAUCUAAUCUAAUCUUUACAAGAUAUGAUUCUCUAUAUCUUCUAAGAUUAGUUACUAAAAUUAGCCUAAGUUGCCAUGUCUUCAUCAUCGGGCCAAUCAGGCUUCAAUCUGACAGGCUUCUUCAAUAGUUCUCUGAAUCAGGCCAGUUCUCGUGGGCUAAAUGUUCCCCAUCUAAUCGAUAGACCUCCAUGGGGCACUUCUUGUGCCAUGGUUAUGGGCUUUGCACUUUGGCUCGUGACAUUCUCCCCCACUCAUUCUCGCAACGCCCUCGUUGCGACUUCUAGAUGACACUGACUUGAUUCACCUUGAAACUUUCUCGUUGCCUUGGCUUCUUCUCGACUUGCCUUGCAAUCGGGUUGUCUUUUCCUUCGAAACCUAUGCAUCGGCUUCCGUCGCCUCUUAUCUUAAAUCGUUGCACUCGUUGGUACAUUUUGUUGGCAAGAAUUUGUCACUCUUUUGUCCACAUUCUAACUUUACUCAAACAGAAUCCCCGUG